UAACAAAUAAGUAAAUCUACAACAUGCUGAAGUCAACUAUUGUGGACACUCGCGUUCGACUGCGGCCAUCCAAAAAACUGUUGGAUUUGCUGGGCGAGCAGAAGGAACAUUUGAAAGAGCUGCCUGCUAAUUUGGCCAAAAUCCUAGAGAAAAACGGAUAUAGCAUAGCCAAUAGUACUAGAAUCAUAAGAGAUGAUGAGGUAGUCUGUAAGCGACCACAAAUCGAUGUCAAGCUGCUGAACAAACUGACUGCAAAUUUACCAGAUGUGCCUUCGAACGCUCAAGAAAUUAAUGAAUUGCCAGAGGAGGAGGUGGAGGAGGAACCAAAGCAGCCUCUUACUGGCGACUUUUUAUAUCUAAACGAUUUGCACUUUCUUAACUCAACACUUACCGAACUACGCAGGAACAAUAUUAUUAACGUAUUUCUGUAUGAGUUAAUUGAAAGCUGCGAGCUCAUACUGCCCGAGAAUGAGUACAAACCUCGCAAUCCUGAGCUGGAGGCGCGUUGCCAGCGGCUGCGCGAUGAGCAACAAAAUCGCGAAUAUCAUAAGAUGACCAAAAAUGUUGAUGCGACACUCAAGCAUAUUCCCGAGGAUACAGUAGCGUACCAAUUGAAAAGUAUUAAUAAGCAAAUUAUAGCUGUAGCCCAGUUCAUUUUCUCGGUGGCAGCCGGAUUCACUUUUGGAUUCUUUGGGGUCAAUUUGAUGGUUGGUCCACUACCUUUUGGUUUCCGUAUUUUACUGGGCGUCAUUGUGGCGUUGGUAAUAGCGCUGGCCGAGAUGUACUUCCUGGCCAAGAAGCUGCACGAAUACGACGAGGUCUUGGAUGCGCCCAAACGGAAAACUCCAAAUUCACCGAAGGCUAGUGGCGUGCAAAUUUUGCAAAAACCGCAUGUUGAUUAAAACGUUAUUUAGAAAGCUUAGUAUUAAGUUUUCUUCUGCAAUAUUUUGGGUUACAUAAAUAAGUUUUGAUUUUAACAG